GUAAUAAUAACAAUAAUAAUAAUAACAAUAAUAAUAAUAGCAAUAAUAAUAUUAUUAAUUAUAAUAAUACAAAUAGUUUUAGUACAUUAAAUAAUAAUAUUAUACAAUCAAAUUUUUUAGAUGAUGUCAGAUCAUUAAUAUGGUUUAGUUAUAGAAAAGAUUUCCCACCAAUAGAAAACACAACAAUUACAACAGAUAUUGGUUGGGGGUGUAUGUUAAGAACUGGUCAAAUGAUUUUAGCAAGAGCAUUAUUAAAACAUGUUUAUCCAGAUAAUGUUAUAAUUAAUCAUCAAGAAAGGAUUAGAAUAAACUCAAAGUAUAAUCAAGUUUUAAAAUGGUUUAGUGAUUAUCAAUCUAAAGAACAUUUAUAUGGAAUUCAUCAAAUAGUGCAUAUGAAAAAAGCAAUGGAAAAAAAAAUUAGACAAAAAGCAUUGGAGAACUAUGCUCGUCGUAAACAACAAUUACAACAACAGCAACAACAGCGAUAUGGUAAAAAUUCUGUUAGAGUUAGAAUAGAUAAUUAUAGUGAUUCAAGUAGUGACAGUGAGGAUGAAUGGGAUAAUGUCGAAGAGUGGCUAGCACCAACCAAAAUUUCAAAUGUAUUAAGACAAUUAGUAAAAAAUCAAAACCUUGAUGAUUUGGAAAUGUAUGUACCAAAUGAUGGUGUUAUCUAUAGAGAAUAUAUAAAUCAACUAUGUAAUCCAUAUUACUUUAAUAAUUAUAAAAAUAAUGACCAAAAUAAUCAAAACAAUUUAUCAAUGAAUCAAUCACCACCAUCAAGAGUACCGAGCGAAGUUUUUAAUCAUCCACUUAGUGUAAACGAUGAUGAUCAAGACUAUUACCACUUUAACCCAAAUAAAUGGAAAUCUUUAAUUAUAAUGAUCCCAUUAAAAUUGGGCGUCGAUAGAAUUAAUACUUCAUAUAUACGCAAGUUAAAAUCAAUCCUUUCAAUACCACAAAGCUUAGGAUUUAUUGGUGGUAAGCCAAAGCAAUCAUUUUAUUUUAUUGGUUUCCAAGAUGAUCAAGUAAUUUAUUUAGAUCCACAUUUUGUUCAAGAUACUGUUGACCCAAGCUCCAAUAACUAUUCUGAGACUUUCUGUGGUUGUAUUCCUCAAAAAAUGUCAUUUUCAAAUAUUGACCCAUCAUUAUCGGUUGGAUUCUAUUGUAAAGAUAAAUCAAGCUUUGAUGAUCUUUGUGAUAGAUUAUCAAAACUUGAAAAUGAUGAAUUCCCAAUUAUCUCUAUAUCAAAUAAAUUACCAGAUUAUCAAUUAGAAGUUGAUUUGGUUGAAGAUUUUUAUGAAAACUUAGCUGGAGCCACUAGUGUUACAACGGCCAAUCAAAAUUUUAAUAAUAAUAUUGCAAACUUAAAUCCAAAUAUGAAUACCAGUGUUAAAUUUGGAAGCUUUGAUACAGAUGAUGAAUUCCAACUUGUAAAUAAUAAUAAAUUUAAUAAUAAUAAUAAUAAUAAUAGUAUCAAUAAUAAACAAUUACCUAAAUCACAUCAACAAUCAACAAAACAGCAAAAAGAUAAAGAACAAUUUUCAGCAAUUUACAGUCAUCCUCCAAAUUUCUCAAGUGAUGAUGAAAUAGAUGAUUUUACUUUUGUUUAAAAUUUAAUAAUAGUUGCAAAAUAAUAAUAAUACCAAAUUUAAAAAGUUUUUUUUUCUAAUAAAAAAAAUUUUCAUUGUAUAUUAAUCAUUUAAUAUAAAAAACAU